CAAAAUCAAAGUUCAGUUGCCUUACGGUCACAUAAAUGGGAGGUCUCUCUCUGUCCAGCCUGUGCUUUCCUGCCUGUGGUUGAAGAAGCAUACAGUACUGCGUGCUUUAGCCAGGAGAAGUUCACCAUGAUGCAUGCAGCCCUGGGUAUCUGGAUCUUAUCAGCAGUGGUCUGCGUGGGAAGAAGCCAUCACCAUUUGGGUCAUGACGAGGAUGCCCAAGACACUGCUGCUGACGGCAGCAUGAGCAGCUUCUCACUGGUGACUUCAGCAAACAAAGACUUUGCCUUCCAUCUGUACAGGAAGUUGGCAGCUCAUGCCAGCUCCCAAGGCAAAAACAUCUUCUACUCACCAGAUAGUGUGUCUGUUGCCUUGGCUGCCUUGUCUGUUGGAGCAAGGGGGGAGACCCACCAGCAGCUUUUCAGUGGUCUGGGCUUCAACUCUACCCAGUUGAGACAGAGUGAUGUAAACCAAGCCUUCCGUACACUCCUCCAAACAGCAAACAAUACGUCUCCUAAAGACAUCAGUGAAGGGGUGGCUGUGUUCGUGGGCGAAACCUUCAAACCAGAGCCUGAGUUCCUAGACACUCUGAAGCAGUCUUAUUUUGCAGAGGGGUUCAAGGUCGAUUUCACUAAUGCCGCAGAGAGUGCCAAGACCAUCAACAGCUAUGUUUCAGAAAAGACCAACGGAAAGAUAGACAAACUGGUGGACAACUUGAGUGAAGACACAGUCAUGCUUCUCCUCAGCUACAUCUACUACAAAGGAAAGUGGGCAACUCCAUUCGAUCCCGAGGAGACCGUAGACGGCGAGUUCAAUGUGGAUGAGAACACCAAGGUCCCAGUCAAAAUGAUGCAUAAAGACGCCAGAGUUGACAUUUAUUACGACCAGCCAAUAAACACAUCAGUCCUCCACCUUCCCUUCAACAGCUCCUACUCCAUGCUGCUGUUGUUGCCUGGUGAUAUGGCAGCACUGGAGGCAGCUAUUGAGCCAGCCCAUGUCACCAAAUGGCUGAGGUGGAAGAAGCCCAGGCAAUACGAAAUUUAUGUUCCAAAGUUCUCCAUCAAGUCUUCCUACAAGCUGAAGGGUUUGCUGACAGAGAUGGGAAUGACAAACAUGUUUGGUGAUCGUGCAGAUUUGAGCGGCAUUUCAGCCGGUCAAAAACUGGUAGUCUCCGAGGUUGUGCACCAAGCUACCCUGGAUGUUGAUGAGGUUGGAGCCACUGCUACAGGUGCAACAGGAGUUAUUAUCACGCUUAUGUCCCUCCGCCACACCCCAGUCUUGAAGUUCGACCGACCAUUUAUGGUCAUGAUCCUCGAUCGCACCACAGAAAAGAUCCUCUUCAUGGGCAAGAUCAUCAACCCAACAAUCUGAUGGAGGAAACACUUUGAGUUCAAGCACAAAUGUUUCCAUUCACAUUAAACAGUCAGUAAGUUUC